AAUUUACGUCCCAGAAUUUACGUCUCAGAAUAUACGUCCCAGAAUUUACGUCCCAGAAUCUACGUUUCAGAAUUUACGUCUCAGAGUUUAUGUCCAAGAAUUUACGUUUCAGAGUUUACGUCCCAGAGUUUACGUCCCAGAAUUUACGUUCCAGAGUCUACAUCCCAGAAUUUAUGUCCAAGAAUUUACGUCCCAGAGUUUACGUCCCAGAAUUUACAUCCCAGAAUUUACAUCCCAAAAUCUAAGUUCUAGAAUUAUUUUACAAAAAAG